UACAACAAGAAGCAAAAACUCAGACGAGUUCAAGCUAGAAAAGUUGCCUUUACAUAAUGAAAGGAGUUCACAAUAUCCUUGUAGCUUUAGCCCUCUUGGCUUUGGCUUCAUCCUUAGCCUCAGCGUAUGACCCUAGCCCUCUUCAGGACUUCUGCGUUGCCCUCGACGACAUUAAGAAUGGUGUUUUUGUAAAUGGGAAGUUUUGCAAGGACCCAAAGCGUGUCACAGCAAAUGAUUUCUUCUUUUCAGGACUGAACAUCCCAGGAAACACGGGAAAUGCAGUAGGCUCAAAUGUCACUACUGUUAAUGUUGACACACUACCAGGGUUGAACACUCUUGGGGUAUCAAUAGUUCGCAUCGACUUUGCACCAUAUGGUGGACUGAACCCUCCCCACAUUCAUCCUCGCGGUACAGAAGUCUUGGUAGUCCUAGAGGGUACUCUCUUGGUAGGCUUUGUCUCAUCCAACCAGGAUAACAAUCGUCUCUUCACCAAAGUCUUGAACAAGGGAGAUGUUUUUGUCUUCCCAAUUGGCAUGAUUCACUUCCAACUGAAUAUAGGGAAAACUCCUGCUGUUGCUUUUGCUGGUCUGAGUGGCCAGAAUCCUGGAGUAAUUACAAUCGCAAAUGCUACUUUCGGAUCUGAUCCACCCAUCAAUCCGGAUGUACUGACCAAGGCCUUCAUGUUGGACAAGAAUGUGGUUCAAUAUCUUCAGUCUAAGUUUUGAUAGGAUUAUAGUUAUAAAAAACUAUUUAAAGGAUGAAGCAAUUGCUUCAUUUUUUUAUGCAAUUUUUUAUGUUCCAUUGUGAUUGAAUAAAAAAUCAAGUGAUGC